AUGUGGCCAGGAAAUUGGUGGCACUGGGUUCAGGGGCCACUGCCAAAUGGUGCUCCUCUCAUUCCAUUCAUACUGGCAAUGGACAAAACCCAACUCACACAAUUCUCUGGGCAUAGACAAGGCUAUCCAGUGUACAUUACCAUUGGUACCUUGCCCAAGGCUAUCAAAAAAUUGUCAUCUAUGCAAUCAUGGAUCCUUAUUGGACUUCUUCCUAUGGAUUCUUUUGACAAACUGGGGUUGAGCAAAGAAGCUGCAAAACAUCUCUUCCACUUUUGUAUGAGCCAUCUCUUGGAGGAAAUCAAGAUUGCAGGCUCAGAUGGUGUUGAAAUGGUCUCUGCUGAUGGUCUUGCCCAACUUUGCUUUCUGAUUCUGGGCAGCUAUAUUGGUGACUAUCCAGAGUACUGUCUUGUAUCCUGCACAGCAUAUGGUGCUUGUCUGAUUGGGAACAUUGCUCAGCAUGAUAUGGGA